AUGUACAAAGCUCUCAACAAAUCCCGGGCUUUUGUUCCACGCACACCAUCAACUUCCCAAAUUACAAAUACGAUUCAUGGGCAUAGACUCAGUACAUAUGAACCACGAAGAUCCGAGCCCAAGUGGAACUUAGCAAGAGGAAAGCCAGCAAAGUCAGACCUGAAAGAACCUCAAAACCCCUCCAUCGGACUCAAUUUCAAGGAACUUGGCGCUACGAGAACGGUCAGAUGGGUGGUGAUUGUGGUCAUUUCGAUUGCUAGUAUGAUGGAGACAAUGUUUUGGACCAAGGUACUGAUGAGGAAGUUGGGGUGGGGAAAAGGAAAUCAGAGGGAAGAGAUGGUGGGAGAAGAGGGGGAGGAAGAGGAAAAGAAAGGGGAAGAGUAA